GGGGUCAGGGGUACUUCAGUCCGAAAACUUUUGCUGCUCACCUCAAACCCUAACAGAUUGGGCUAACGGAUCCAACGGUAGGGCCAUGGAAGGGAACGAAAAUAAAAAGAAGGCCACAAAAGGGUAUUUCAAUUUUCCAGGGCCAUAGAAGAGACCUUCAUUUGUUUCAGGGCCUCACAAGGAAUUUCCUCUCUUUUUAAACUAUUGUAGGUGUGCAAGCUUAUUUUAUGCAUUUCUAAGACUUAACGUGCUUCUACUAUUUAUAUUGUAAUCUAUGCAAAUAUUGAACCUAAUUGCUUACGUACCGAAUUGCUCGAGGAAAUUUUUUUGUUGUGUACCCAUUUUUUUAGAUUCUACCAUAAAUAUCGAAUUAUGUGUUGAAAUUUUGGCAUGGCAUGCCCUAAGUUUCAAUCUUAGCUCUGCCACUGCUUCCCGCCGUCUUCUCCCCCACCGCCAUCCUCCCCCGGCGUGACUUUCCCGCUCCUCCGCGCACCUCUCGUGCAUCUACAUUCCAUCCGUCAAGAAGCCUUGACCUCCACCUGCUCUUCUUAGCCCCCAGCUCCGCCGCGGCAGGUCCCCAGCUGUUCCAAUGGAGAAAAACAUGGAGGCUGCCAAGAACACGACCGCCAGCAGCCCCACCUUCGCCUCCCCUCUCUUUUCCUUCUCCAACACCGGCAGCGCCUCUUUCGGCUUCGGCUUCGACUCUGGCGCUCCGCCUCCGCCGCCGGCCGUCAAGGUCCAGCCCUCCGAGGAGUCGCCUGUUGCGUCAGUUAGCAUGGAGCCCGUGGUGGUCGAUGACUCCCUGACGAUCUACAAGGGGAGAGUGAGUACAUCUGAUGUUUUUGGGGUCACAGACUCUGAUUUGGUCCCAGGAAAAUAUGAAGGUGGGCUGAAGCUGUGGGAAGGUUCAUUAGACUUGGUGAAGGUCCUAAAUUCCGAUGCUUGCUCUCAGCUUGGAUGUGGACACGGCCUCCCUGGCAUUUUUUCAGGUCUUAAGGGUGCUGGUCUGAUUCAUUUCCAAGAUUUCAAUGCUGAGGUGCUUAAGUGCCUGACCAUACCAAAUGUAAAAGUCAAUCUUUUCAAGGAAUCAUCUGAAGGAACAUGUACAUCUAGGAGUGUUGGUUUCUUUGCUGGUGAUUGGAGUGAAAUGGAUAAGCUGCUUCUUUGCGGGGAUGCUGAGAAAGACAAAACAACCAGUGGUGUUACAGAAGACAAAACAUAUAAUGGUUAUGAUAUCAUCCUGAUGGCUGAGACUGUUUACGCUUUAUCUUCUCUUCCAAAUCUCUACAGGCUUAUCAAGAAGUGCUUGUGCUACCCUGGGGGUGUGGUUUACAUGGCAGGGAAGAAGCAUUACUUUGGAGUGGGUGGUGGAACAAGACCGUUCCUACGCUUGGUUGAAGAAGAUGGCGCUAUGCUAACUGAGCGGCUCAAUGAUGUUGCCGAUGGAUCAUCCAAUGUUAGGGAGGUUUGGAAAUUCUCGUUCAAAUAGAUUAGCACUUCCCUUGCGAUUGUCGGAGAAACUGAAAACAUGUAUUGGACUUCAUAUUGGUAGAGGGAAGCCUUGGUCUAGGAGUUCCCUUAUUCGGCUAAUGUUCCUUUGACUGUUUCAAAAGCCGAAUGUUUCAUUUGGAAUUUUGAUAUGAUUAUGAACAGAAGUCACUGCUUCUAAUCUUGAAGGCUCAAGAAAUUCCUGUACCUCCA